AUGGACUAUAAAUUAUUCAAAACAGUUUUAAAUAAUACAUUUAUUCGUGAAAAUAUCUAUAAUAAUAUUUUGUAUAUAAAUGAUAGAGUUUGUUCAACUACCAAACCCAAUCAAGUUGUUAAUAGAUAUUCAUUCAAUCAAAUUAAAGAAAGUGAAGUACUAUUAAUAAAAUUCAACUUUAUUAAUAUUUUUAAAAACAAUUUAUUAAAGAGUGGCGAUGAUCAAGAUACAAGCGAACCAUUUUCAGUCAUUGAGAAAUUAGAUUUUGUUUUAAUACACCUAAUUAAAACCAAUAAACAAGAUUUGUUUAUGGAGGUAUAUCAAGAAAUACCAAAGAAUUUAUCAAUCAAUUUGGAUUUUAAAUUAUAUAUUGAUUCCUGCUUGGAGUAUGGAGCCAAGAAUAUUAUUCAAUAUUUGGUUGAAAAGGAAGAGUAUCUAGAGUCCUAUUUGCUUUGUUCUAUCACUAACCAGGUGUUCUUACAAUCAAUUCCUCUUGGAAUCCCAGAGUUUUCUGAAUGGUUAUGGGAAUUCCUUCCAGAAAAAGAUAAUGUCAUAGAGGAAUCAUUUCAUUUGGCUGUGGAGCAUGGACAAGAGGAAUUGUUUUGGAUGCUUCUGGAGUUUCAUACUCCCGAUGAUAAUAGCCAUGAGUUCUUGGAGAAAGCUCUUAAAGGUGGUAACCAAACUAUAAUUCAACAUUAUUCAGACAGUAUCACUGAUGAUUGUCUUGAAACUUAUGUAAAUGCUAUGGAUGUUUUUGGAAUUCUAAAAUCUCUAAUUGAAAAAAAGAAAAAUGAAAUUCUAUUCCAUUUCAUUUUCAAAGUGCGUCCUUUUAUUCAAAAUUGGCUACCAUCUCUAUCUCAAAUAGUUAAAUUCAAGAAUGUAGAUUUACAGCUCUGUAUAUUCUUUAGACAAUUAGGUUCACCUGUUGAUUUGUAUACAAUCUUAGAAGCUUCAUCAGUAGGACAGUUCCAAGUUGUAAAGUGGUUAUAUUCUGAAUACAAAUAUCCAGAGGAAAUUCUUUUACAAAUCAUAGAUUUUUCUGCCAAAUAUGGAAGCCUUGAAUUAAUUCAAAAUAUAUAUUUAGACUAUAAAUUAUAUUCAACAAAUGCAGUUCAAUAUGCAAUUGACUCUGGUCAUGAACAAAUCGUUGAAUAUCUAUUAUCACUUCCAGUACAAGAAAAACUUUUCAAUUCUAAUAUAAUUCAAUCACAAAGACAAUCUUGUCAAACAACAUAUUAA